UAGUUGCGUCUGCGUUGUACUUUACGAAAAUGGACGACAUUAAUUUGUUUAAUUUGUUUCACGUCAAUUGCGAAUAUUUACACUAAAAAUGUAAUGCAAAACACAAAACCAAGGAGUUGUGAAACUUUAUCACCAAAUUAAAGUGAACUAAUGUGAGUCUGCUGAAGUGAGUGCUGUUUACUCAAUUGAAGCUACUGGAAUUUUCCAAUAGCGUGGGUGUCUCCGCAUGCGUUUAUAAUAAACCUGUAUACAAAUUAAUUCGCGUCUAGUUUAGUUUUAAUUUUCUGUUUAUAUAAAAUUUGCGUAGUAAUAAUAAAGUUUUACCCAAGCACUAAUUAUUUUUUUGUUCUUCUUUCGAAAUAUCGACAUUGGUACCCUGUUUUAUUUAAUAUUCGUGGUCCAAAUGUAACGAGUUAAAUGAAAAAUGGCAAAUAGCGUUGUUAAGGUAACAGAUGUUAAAGAUGACAUAAACGAUAGUUUGUUGUUAUUAGUUGGAGAAGAUGGGACUGUUAUGCCUGAUAAGGAAACGGUUGAAAUGUUUUUAAGUUCAAAAGAGGGCCCCACGAAACUUCAGAUAAUGCACAUUGAUAAAUCAGAUUCUAGAGGUAUUGAUUUAUCAGUGGAUAAUGUGACUUACAUGCCUGAAAACAUGGAAGUUGCAAACAUUGAAGAUGUUGUUAUCAGAGAAGACAUGGAUGAAGUGGCAAGAAAUCUAUACAACUUUAAGUUGGAUCAUGAUUAUACUUCUCUUUCAUCACCACAAAGACCCUCAGUAGAUUCUGAUGAAGUGGACGAGUUGACUAAAACACUGAGUAUUCUUCAUGGAUCAGGGGAACAUGAACCUCCAGAAACUGUACCUCCUAGCAAGGUGGUGAAAUCUAGUUCUAAUGUUAAUAUUCUAUCUUCCAUAACAAUACCUCCGGUUUUAUCAAAAACACCUGUUAAGUCUACACCAGUUGAGCAAACUCCCGUAUCCAUAAUUGAAAAAUCAGAAUUGCCUUCAAGUUUAAUUCCGGUUGUAGAAGAUGAGAAAGCUGCUGCAAGUUCUCCGAAAACUAAAUCUAAGCCGAAAUUAUUGAAUAUUCAACAAUUGAAAGGAAAAUUAAAAAAUCUACCUAACUCCAGGAAAAACAAGAAAAUAAUAGAGGAGGAAGAACCCGAAGUAGCCAAUGAAAGUGAUGGACUUACUGAUGAAGAAGAGGAUUAUGAUGAAGCAGAUUUUGAUAUGGAUGGAGAAGAUGACGAAAAUGAUUUAGAUUUCGUCCUUGAUGAAGAAAUUAAGGUCAAGACAUUACCUAAAAGGCGGGGCAGGAAAGUUAAAGUGGAUCCCAAAACCUUAUCCAAACCAUCGAGAACUACACUAGUGAAAUCCAAAAGAAGUAAAAUGAAAGAUGCACCUGGUACUCCAAAACAAGAGUCUGAAAAAAAUGCUGAAAAGGAUCAGGAAAAGAAUGAGAAAGAAUCGGAGAAGUUUGAAACCAAAUUGGAUGAUGCAAAACCUGAGUCCAAACUAGAGGCAAUACCAGACACAAAGCAGUUGGAAAAGAAACAUCCGAAAAGGGAAAAGAAACCUCCGAAGCCUAUUCCAAAUGAUUUUGCUUUAUUUUCUACGCCAGAUAUUAUCAGGAGAGUUGGUGGGAAAGAAGCACCUGUUGCGCAGGAAAUAGUUAGUACUCAAAAAUUAAAUAAGGAAUCAUCUAAGGUUGAAAGGCCCACUGAACCCACAGGACCUACCAAACCCGCCAAAAUUAUACAGGAAUCACGUUCUAAAUCUGUUAGUUCUGAAACUUCUCAAUCGCCAACUAAGCACAGACAUAGUAGUCUUGAUGGUAAGAUUGCAAUCAUUGACAAAGAAAAGACAAAAGACAAAGAAAAGCAGUCCACACAUCGCAGUAGUAAUGAAAGUAGAAACAAGGAUAGAAGGUCCAGCUUAGACAUUAAAUCGAGAAACAAAACAAAUGAUGAAAAAAGUAAUAAACCUGAAUUGAAAACUCCAUCAGAAUCCAAGUCAGCUGAAGCCAAACAAGAUAGUAAAACUUAUCUGGGCAAACUAUCUCAAUUGAGACAAGCUAGUGAGAGCUUGGAUCAUAUACCUAGUGCUGCAGAUGUUCGAGCAAUUAUAAUGAAUGAGGAUACAAAAACCUACACAACAAAUACAAUACCUAUACCAGAUGUUAAUGUUAACACCAUUGAACCUACUAAUUUGAAUCUGGAUGGUUCUGGUCUAGAUUUAGAUCAAUCCAUUUUGGAUAACAUUAAUAAUGACAUGAUUUCUGAAGACAUCUUGUACCAGGUUGCUCAACAACUGGUUUCAAACACCGACAUACAAAAUGCAAUUGAUAAAGGAAUUAAUGAGGGUGUUUUGGACACCAGAAGUAUACAGGAAGCCAUGGAAGUUCAGGAUCAAUUAUCAAAUUCAGCUUCCAUAGGGAAUACAUCUGCUGUAAUAAAAGAGGGAACCCAAAUAGUAAGAUCUGAUGGAAGAAUUGUGGUGAUUCCACCUAUCGAACGGCCAACAACCCGAAGUAGAAAUAGAAAAAAAGAUGAUCCAAAACCACCAUUUAAACAACCUAUUAAGGCAGUUAUUAAAAUCAAAGGAAGAACAAUCCAUAAACCCUUGGAUGAUGAGCACGUCUCAGGUAAUGAGUUGGACAGUCCAAAUGAGGAAGAAGAAUCUGAAGAUGAUCCCAACAAACUCUGGUGUAUAUGCAACCAGCCGCAUAACAACAGAUUUAUGAUAUGCUGCGAUACCUGUGAAGAAUGGUAUCAUGGAAAAUGCGUAAAUAUAACUAAAGCGAUGGGUCAACAGAUGGAGUCUGAAGGCAAGGAAUGGAUCUGUUUGUUUUGCAAGAAUCCGUCUAUGAAGAGACCUCUAGCGGCAGCAAGAAGGGUGCGCAAAGCUUCGAGAAAUUCCAGGGCCUCAACAGAUAGCAGCAAUUCUUCAAAAAAGAUAGACAAGGAAAAAUCUACCAGUUCCGUACCUUGCGUCGUGUGCCAGAAAGCUGCCAGGAAAAAUUCAAUUUAUUGUUCCGAAAACUGUAUUUUAACGCACGCGCAAGGAAUUGAGCGGGUUGUGGUGUUUGAAAGGUCUACCGGAAAUAUGCUUACAGGAAACAAGGCACCCAGUUCCGCUAAUCUAGAUCAAUGGCUUAAGGAGCAUCCAGGUUAUGAAGUUGUUAAGUCGGCUGGCAAAGUGGUUACUACAAAAGUUAAGCCAAACAGUUUGUCCCAAUCGAAACUUAAAUUCGUUAAAAAUGCAAACAACGAGGGAGUAUCUCUCGCCAUUCAACAAAAAGGAAUCAAUAUCGGAGUAUUGAAGCAUGCACCUAAGCAUCAGACACCAGAACAACAGAUCAGAUCUUUUAAAAUUGUAAAACCAGGCAACAAAGAGAUUACACCCAAAGAAUCAAAAAUUAAACUUAUACAAGCGCAGCCAAUGAGCAUUACAAAAACUCAGACUCCAACAGUCAACCCUAAGAUUACAAUUCAAACAACUUUGACGCCCAAAGCAACACCUAAACCAAAGGAAAGUCCCAAAGACAAACAGCAAGUAACCAAUAAAACACUGAAAUUGAAAAACAAAGAGAAAAGUAAGGAGAAAGAGGAACAGAUUCCCACAACUCCACAAUCGAAUCGGGAAAAUAUCCGAGAUAAUGUUCAAAAAACUAUUUUUGAGCAGUUGCUAAUACGCCUUAAAACAGAUCCCAACAUAAAAUUGACAGAUGAUGAGGUUAAAACUAUUUCAAAUGAUAUUGAAUUGGAGUUGCAUAAGUGUUUCGGAGGCACGGGUCACAAAUACAAAAAUAAAUACCGGAGUCUUAUAUUUAAUAUCAAAGAUGCUAAGAAUCAGACCCUGUGGAGGCGAAUAUGCGAGAAAUCCAUAAGCUCCUACGAAUUGGUAAGAUUAUCACCUGACGAUAUGGCUAGCCAAGAACUCGCCAAAUGGAGAGAACAAGAGGCAAAGCAUCAGCUUGAUAUGAUUAAGAAAUCGGAAUUGGAGUUACUCAACUCUAGUCGACAGUAUGUUUUGAAGACACACAAAGGCGAGGAAAUAUUAGAAGACAACAGACCCGGCGCAAAGGUGGAUAACGCAGAAAUAAUAAAAAGUUUAACAGAAGGUUCUCCCCUUGAUGGUGGCGAUAAAGAUAGGGACAAUGCCAAAGACAAAGAUAGGGACAGGAAAAGUUCAAAGCACGGUCGCAAGGAUAAAAGCAGGGACCGGGGCAAAGAUAGAAAAGAGUCCCACAGAAGUCGUAGGUCGUCGAGUCGCGAAAGAGAUAGGAGCAGGAAACGAUCGCGAUCUAGAGAUAAGUUGCGGCAUAGUGACAAGAAAAAAGACAAACGAAGCCGAUCGCGCAGCAGAGACAAAGACAGGUAUAAAAAAUCGUCGCACAAAAGUUCGAAGCAUAAACGAAGCUCUUCCGUUUCGAACGAUAAUCUGGAUAAACGUUCGAAGGAGAUUUUAGAACAGUUGAACAAAAUCGCUCCGCCGGUAGAGGACAGGCUGUGGAAGCACGUUCCGCAGGAAGAUAUCCUUCCAGGUAUCGCACCAAUCGAUAGUGAUAGCGACCACGAAAUCCCAUCUUCAACAGUUACAAUCCCAACACCUCCCAGAGUAUCUGAAACUGAUGAGUACCAAGCCGCAAAUCAGUCUUCCAAUGAUUCGAAAUCGUCAAUACUCCCCGUUCAUGAUGAACAAAAUGACGGGGCAAUGUCUCCACCGCCCAAGGUUCCAGCGGCAGAAAUAUGGUCAGGCACUAUAAAUAUGGUCGAUGUUGCUCAAAUAUCUAUUACAGCACAUGAAGUGUCGGGUGAUUGCACUAGAUUAAGCAAGGAGCUUCCGACGAAUUUGGAUAUAGUGGGUCGAAUAUCGCCGGACACUGUAUGGGAUUACAUAGGUAAAAUGAAGUGCUCGAAUAGCAAGGUAAUAUCUCUGGUAAGGCUAAACGCGACCAACGUGGAAGAACAGAUGCCAUACUUGGCUCUCUACAGCUACUUAAGUAGUAGGAACAGGUUGGGGGUAGUGAAGAGUACAAACAAAGCAAUUAAGGACUUUUACAUCUUGCCUCUGGCAUCACAAAAACCUAUUCCGCAAGCGUUGCUUCCAUUGAAUGGACCAGGAUUUGAAGAGUCUAGACCUGCGCUACUUCUGGGCAUUAUAAUAAGGGACAAGAGGAAACGUCCAUUUAUGGAGUCGCUGCCCCUGCCGUUGCACACCACCACUCCGAAAAAGUUGAAGGUGGAUGUGAUCAUUCAGUCUCCCCUACCUGCAGCGACUCCUGCAAGAUCAUACACACCUCCUCCAGUACCGUCUGGGCCUGCCACCGUAAAAUGCGAUCCAAGACUUAACAAGUUGCCUUUGCCUCCACCAACACCUCCAGAAGAAAUUGAAGGUGGAGAUGAGCCAUACAGUCCCGAAGAUUCUGAUCCUGAAACAGUGGCAGCACCUGCAGCAGGACUGCUGUCUGCUUCCUUAACAACUGUGGUUGCAUCAUCCUUACCCGAAACAAACUUAUCUGAAGAAACGUAUACACCAAUCCCAGGUCUAGGAGAUGGUCUACCAUCCAGUAAACUAGAUAUACAGAGACAGAUGGAUGAAUUGAAUUAUAAAAUCGAAAUGCAAAAAUUCGAAAUAACCAGCAUCACAAAGAACAUCGCGACAGCGGGAUCCGAAAUAGGACCGUCAGCUUUGGCGAAUAUAGCAUUGCCCAGCAACCUGCAGCAAAUCUUGGAAAGCAUUAAAACGAUAGGAUCGGGAAGUGAUGCGACGGAAAAAGAACCUGCAGUGCCCGGGACAAGUCAAACAGAUUUAACCAUUCCACUUAUGAUACCAAAAACGUUCACUCGUCCACUGAGCGCCGCCACAGGCGUCAAAUCUGAUAUUGACACGAUUCCCUUAAAUUUACCCAGCAAGCCCAAAAUCAAACCGCAAUCGGUGAAUUCCCCUUUAUACGAUAGCGAGAAAUCCACAAGCGUUUUGGGCAGCCUAACCGAAGAAGAUUUAAUAAGAAAGGCGGCGGAAAUGUUAAAAGAAGAUGAUCCGGGCAAAAACACUUUGCCGCCAAAUUUUAAAACCACCCCACCUCCAAUUUAUAGAAAAUCGUCUUCCGUAUAUAAAGCAGCGCCCCCUGUUAAUUACAAAACUACACCCCCACCUAACUAUGUAACGACCCCGCCUCCGAAUUUCAUCGCGAAUCCACCCCCGGGAUUUAACGAGUCGCCCCCCAGCGGUGUACCUCCUUCCAAGAAGUCGAAAUAUGAAGUUCAACUGCCGCCCGUUCCCGGUGUAGACUAGGUUAUGUUUUCAUAAUUGAGUGAAUGAGUCUUUGUGUAGAUUUUUUUUACUAUAAUUAGCUUAAAAUAGGGGAUGUAUCAGUUUUUGUGUAACAUAGCAGCAAAUAAAAAUAUCUCCUAAAUUAAUUAAAACUAAUUAAUCAGAAUUUCCAUAAUACUACAAUUUUCAGUCCUAAUGUCUUAGAGACAACACUGGUAUAAAUAUAAAAACUAUUUCUUGGAAACAACAAUGUCUCCCAAACAAAUUUAGGAGAUAUGUUUAUAUUGACGUUUUUUUUUAUAAAAAAUUAUCAAUUGGAUCGAAUAUGUAAAUCCUGAUUCAUUCUGUUUACCAUGUUCCUAUAGAUGUUGGUAUAGGGCAAACCAUUUCCAAACAAGUGGGAAAAAAAUGCAAUCCCAUUGAAUUAAAAAAAAAGAAAACAAAA